AUGAAGAACAGAAAGCAAUGUAUUCAAGAUACUGAGGGUCAGAAGCAUGAAGGCAUGGAAGGUGAAGAAAAUGAAGGAAGCUGUUCCUGUUCUACUUCAUUAUGUGACGGUGACACAUGCCCCAUCUGUCUGAACUGCCUUCUAGAACAAGAGAUUGGUUUUCCUGAGAACUGCAGUCAUACCUUCUGCAUGACUUGUAUUCUUAAAUGGGCUGAGACACAAGCUUCAUGUCCUAUUGAUCGCAGACCAUUUCAAGCAGUAUGCAGGCUUGAUGCAUUAGAACAGCAGAUAAAGGUUCAGGUUAAAAAACAACUAAGGAGAAAGGAAGAAGAGGAAAACUGUGCCUGCAACAAGGGAAAAUAUAGCCAUGCGAAGAUAAGGAGUUUUGUGAGAAGAGCUGUAUGUCCAGACAGAGGGCCAUUAAAAGCAAAAUUAAGCAAAAUUGUGAAGAAAAAAUACAGUAAUAUUUUUUAUGGCAAACAAAACAAGAAGGCUUUGUCUGUGAAAACAAACAAGCCCAGAACACAGACCUGCUGGAAUGAGUGCUUCAGAACUAAUUUCUUCAGCACGCUUCCGGCUGGUGGUAGCAAUGAACAAUCCUUUUUCAGCUGUAGAAAUGACUGUACAGAAUUCACAGAAGUCAAUGCAGCCAUCAGGCAGAAGAGACAAGAACUGGAAUUGUCCUGUUCAUCUGCUCUUGCUAGAGUUGAAAGAAUUCCUUUAAUGUCUCAUGGAGCUGAAGCCGAGACCUUUCUUCUCACUACUACAAUGGCAGGGACAAUUCUUCCAACAACUAUCAGGCCUUUGGAAAACUUUGAAUCUUUAGGCAAAGAAUAUGCUGUUGCGUGUACCCAAGAAGGAGAAGAGAAAAAGCAAGCUUCUGGUUCAUCUGGCACUAGAGGAACUAGAAGGAAAUCAGUUAAUACUACUCCUAGAAGAAGGUCUGCACGAAAUAGCAAAAACGAGACUCUGGGUCCAUCUCGGAGCUCACCUCGGUCAAGCAGUUCUGCCUGCAGUGCCCCUGAUGGCAAUAACCCAUCUCUGAAUAAAUCUUCAGAAUCAGAGAAGGCUCCUCCAAAACGAAAAUCUAAAAGAGUAGUUAAAAAACAAACACCUGUGCUUAAAAAGAAACUGAGAAGUUCUGCACGUUCUGAAAAAUCGUCCAGUGAUUCAGUGGAAGAUGAUGACAUUGGUGAGUCUGAAGCAGUUCUAACAUUAGAUAAAGACCAGCAGUCAGAUACUGAAAGCAAUAACACAAGCCUUCCGCAGAAAAACAAUGUGGAAGCAGAAUCUGCUAAUGGAUUGGAAAGCUGUAGUGAACAUGCAGAAAUUGAGGAAACUACAGGAGAAUGUGACGAAGAUGAAGAUACUUCAGGCAACAUGGAUGUAAGUUUUCCUGUCCAAGAACCUCCAGUACUAACUUCGGGGGGUGAAAGUCAGGAAUUUGAAGUUAAAGGAGUUACUGAAAAAAACGUACAUCUGAAGGAUCAGGACAUCUGUGAAAAUACUCUUGAACAAAUGGAAGCAGUAGCUAGUCCCAGAGAUGAAGUGUGCGACCAUGCAACUUCUGAAAAAGUAGAUCAGAUGUGUCGUCCUCAAAAUGAAUUGGUGGAGAAUGUAGAAACUUUGACAAAAGUAAAUCAACCCGUGCCUAGUCCAGAAAAUAAAUUGUUGGAACAUCCAGAACCUUUGAGAAAAGAUCAGCCAUCAGAGAGCCCCAGAAGCAAAUUGCCUGAGCAUCCAGAAGCCAUAGAAAUAGAUGAUUCCAAGGUUGAAGAAAAUACAGUAGUAGACUGUGCAAGUACAAAUACUCAAAACUUAAAAACUGUUCAAGACGAAGAACCAGACACAUUAAUACAUAGUGUUUCUAUGGACAGUACAUCAGAACAAUCCUUAAAAGAGAACACCAUGCCAGAAAGUGAGGAGGGCAGAACUUCAGAGUCACCCCAGGUAAAUGCUGAACAUAAACAUUUUGGUGAGGAUAACAAUGAAAUGAUACCAAUGGAUUGUGACUCAUUUUGCAGUGACCAGAACGAUCCUCAGAUUAAGCAGUUACCACCAGUUGAAAGUAUAGAGCAAGGAGAAGUUAACUCUUUACAGUGUGAUGUGGGAAACUGUACAUCAGUCUCAGGACUUUCUGAUGAAAAAGGUGAAACUAUUCCUCAAGAAAGGGAGUGCCAGUCAGAACUCAAAAAAGAUAAAAAGCCUCGAACUAGAAAGUCUAGAUUUCACUCUCCGUCAACAACUUGGUCUCCUUCUAGGAGAGAGGGCAGGAAGUCUCAGUCACCAUCCCCUAAAAGGGAGAUGACCAGAGACAGGAGCUCACGAUCACCCAAGAAGGAAACUGUCAGGGAGGGAAGGAGAUCCUUAUCUCGGUCUCCGAAGAGAGAGACGCUCACAGAUGAGAAAAAAACACCACCUCGAUCUCCCAAAAGGGAAACUGUCAGGGAAAGCAGGAGAUCGUCAUCUCGGUCAAGAACUAAGGAUUCAUCUCCGAGACAAAAAUCUAGAUCUCGAAGCAGUGAUAGAGAUAGUCAAAGAAGAGAUCGUAACAGAGAAAGAAGAAAUAGGAGGUGGUCUAGGUCACGGUCACGAUCUAGGUCAAGAUCACGAUCUAGGACAAGAAAUAAAGGUUCUUCGUUCUCUAGAAACGAGAGGGACAGUCAUUCACCUCGAUGGAAAGAGAGAUGGGCAAAUGACAGCUGGAGGAGUCCCAGAGGAAAUGAUCGAUACAGAAGAAGCGAUCAAGAAAAACAGAAUGAAAGUCUUAAAAAAGAGAAGGACAAUACAGAAAAAAACAAUGAUGAUCAGUGUUCUUCAGACAAGCGGAGGAAUGAUUGUCCAGACUGGGUAAUGGAAAGGAUAAACUCUGUUCCAGAAGUCAGGAACAGAGAGAGAGAGAAACCACAUUGGGAAGACAGCAGGCAUGAUAAUUCAGGACAGUCUUGGAAUAAAAACUUUGGUUCAGGUUGGAUGCCAAAUCGAGGGAGAGGUCAGCGUGGCCGAGGUGGGCGUGGAAGAGGUGGUUUCAUGUAUGGAGACCAGAGUGAAAAUCACUGGCAAAACAGAAAACCUCUCUCAGGGAAUUCAAAUGGUUCUGGGAAUGAAAUGUCAAGGUUCCCAGAACAUCAGCCAUACAAGCGUAAGAAUGAACAAGAUUAUUCUUUCGAUACGCCUGCUGACAGAUCUGGAUGGACAUCUGCAUCCAGCUGGGCUGUAAGAAAGACUUUACCGGCUGAUGUGCAGAAUUAUUAUUCAAGAAGAGGACGCAAUUCACCAAGCCCACAGUCUGGAUGGGGAAUGAGGCAAGAAGAGGAGACACCUGAACAAGAUCCAAACCUCAAAGACCAAGGCAACCAGCAAAGCGAUGGUUCUCAGUUACCAAUAAAUAUGAUGCAGCAGCAAAUGAAUGUAAUGCCACAAGUGAAUGCACAGCACCAACCUAUGAAUAUCUUUCCGUACCCAGUGGGUGUCCCUCCUCCCAUGAUGAAUGUGCAACGAAAUCCUUUCAACAUCCACCCUCCAAUGCCCAUGCAUCUCCCUACCGGAGUGCCUCUCAUACAGGUAGCUGCUCCCACAAAUUUGUCUCAGGGAUUACCUCCGCCUCCACCUCCACCCCCACCAUCUCAACAAGUCAACUACAUUGCUCCACAGCAAGAUGGAAAACAAUUGCAGGGAAUUCCAAAUGCUGCUCAUGUAAGUAAUAACAUGAGUGCCCCAGCCGUGCCUGCUCCAACAGCAGUCCUGGGAAACGUGGGAUCAGUUCAGGGACCAAGUUCGGGUAAUGCAACGUCGUCAAGUCACAUCAAGAGCUCUAAUGCAGCUGUGAAAUUGGGAGAAAAUAAAGCAAGUGUAACGGUGGAAGCCAGUGCAGAUAGCUCGAAGAAGGACCAG